AUGGAUCCUGAAGAUUUUGAUUAUAGCUACGAAGAAGAUUAUACCCCAUACAAUGAACCACUAUCUCCAAUAUUAGAAACGGAUACUAGUUUACCACCUCCUUUAUCAGAAGACAAUGCAAACCCAAUAGACCAAUUUGUUCUAAAUGCAGUUUUAAGUUUUCAAGUAAAACUGGAAAUUCUAGUUUAG